AUGUCAACAUCAAUUGGGCUUGCUAGAUAUCCUGAAUUGAUACUAGGAACUGGUGAGAAUUUAGAAGGUGUUACUACAAUUUGGUUAUUAUCUACUUUAGGUAAUAUAAACCAUAAAUAUAUCAAUAUCAAUAAAAAUAAUUCAGGUGUUAAUUCUGAGGGCACUUCUGGUUCUAAUUUAAAUAGAAAUGUGAAAAAAAAGGAUAUUGUCAAUGUUUCUAUUCCAAAAACUUGUAAAGUCAUUGAAAACAACUCGUUUGAAUUGCCUUUACGGUAUGUAUCUAACUUAUUGUUUGGCAUUACGAUUUGUUACAGUAAAAAAACAGAAUAUGUGUUAAAUGAUUUAACUAGUUUAAUAUGUCAACUACAAAAGAAACUUUACAGUUCAACUUCUAGCAGAAGGAUGAAUAAUAGGAAAAUAAAUGUGAAAGGAACAACCAUAUACAAUGGCAGAGCAACUGAUAAAAACAAUUGUGUUUCAAGUUAUUUAACUGAUGAUCCAUUGUAUGACAUAAACAAUAUUAAGAAUUUUGAAACCUUAUUAGGAAUUGAUGGAAGUAAUAUUAAUAAUAAAACAGCAAGUAUUAAUAGUGUUUCUCUUAUUAAACGGAAUGAUUUAUUAAAUGAAUUAUCAAAUUUUAAUUCAGUUGAUAAAAAUAGUAAUAAUAUAUUGAUGGAGAACAGUUCAAACUUCAAUAAAUACCAAGAUCCUGAUGAUAUUCAUUUAGAUAUAGACUUUGAUUUGAAUAUCGAUGAUAUUAAUGAUUUUAGCCAACACGGUACUGUUCAAGGAAAAUCAGGUACUACUGAGUCGAAUUCAGGGCUGGAUUCUGACCAGGAUAAAGAUCUCAAUAUAAAUUAUAAAUCACAAGAAUUUGAAUUAAAUUUUGAUGCCAAUAAAAAAGAAUUACCAAAAGAUAAUUCUAAUGUGGAGAUUUCAAAUAUUGAUUUAGAUGUAAUGGAUAAUUGCGAUGAUAGUGAUACUGAUGGUUCCUUUGAGGAUGAGACAUUUGUGAAAGAAAACGAAUUAGGACAGGCAAUCAAAAGACUAAAACUAAACUCAAAAAAGAACUUUGUACCUUUAUUCAGUCGUUUAGAAAUUGAUCAAAGAAUUAGUAUUUCAACUGAACAAUUAAAAAUGGAUUUUGAUAACUACAGUGGAUUUAUGUUGGAAAAAGCAAGAAGGAAAAGAGUGAGGAAUAACAUCAAAAAUUUAGAUAACAUAUUGACCGUAAAGAAAUUCACGACAGCUCAAGAAAAUAUAAAGAUGUUCUUAAAGGAUCACUUAGAAAACAACUAUAUGUUUGAAAAUUGGGACAUUUUACUUAAUAUGAAUGAUGAAAUUGCUGAAAAUGGACUAGAAAAAGAAAAUGUAAGAAACUUCUUUAACUUUAUUGAAAGAGGUCGUAAACAGUUUGGCUCUGUCACUUCGACAACUAGAUCUAGUAGUAACACAGUGCCUAGUCAGGAAUAUGGUAGAAACAUGGUUCAAAGUAAUAGACUCAAUAGAGAAAGUGAGAUUUUUGAUAAUGAUUUCUAUGACACGCUUAAUGACGGAAAUAAUGAAAAUAAUAAUAACUUGUUGCUUAACUUGGAGCAAAUAGAUGAAGACUUGGAAGAAGGGAAAAGUUUUAUUCAUAUGAAUUUAGAUUUACCUCCAUCAUCUUUUGGAAGAAGCACAACUAGAAAUAAUGGAACUGUCGGGAGUGUUGAGAGUGAUGUUAUUAAUAUUUUACAAACAAAAAUGUUAAGUGUCUCCAAAAGAGGUGUCGCUAAUUCACCUAUGAAAAAGAAAUCAAGUGAAUUAGAAUCAGUUAGUUCACACGAUACCUAUGGUAAAUUAAAUACAAAUAUUAUCUUAGAUCGACAAACCAGAAGAUUCUAUGAUUAUAUUAAAGAAAGAACCUCUUAUGUGGGUAAACAUACAAGUUCGUGUCCUCCAUUCAAAAGAAAAAUUUUAUUCGAAGAUCUCGUUCCAAGUAGGAUUAGUGGUAGUGCCAAUGAUUCAUUAGAGAUCGAAAAGCCAACAAGUCUAAAUAAAAAUAUUGCUGCCAGCGCCUUUCUUUCUCUGCUAACUUUAGCUUCUAAAGAUAUAGUUGGGAUUGGAGAAUAUCAUUCGUCAAAAAAUGUCUCUACCAACAAUGAAAAAAUAUCAGAAGGAUUUAAGUUAAUGAGACCAGAUGACAUUAUUGUUUAUAAUUGA